AGGCCCGAGGCCCGUCGUAAAGUUUUGCGGAGACAUGGGCCAGCCUGCAAGUAGCAACGAAACAGUCAUGCAGAGCCGACAGAGCAGUUCCAGUGCCUGCGAGGGAACGCAGCUCUGUGACCAUGGUUGCGUCGACGCAGAGUACAAAAGGUGAAAAGGGCAGAGGCAAUGCACUCCUAUCUUGGCUCACUCGUCUCCUCUACGAGCAAGAUCGCCCGAGUGAGCAACACAAACCGACAGUAUGGCACCUACGGCAUCGUUUGCGACUCCUCUUUACAGCUCGGAGCGGGCGCUCAAUGCCUCGCCUUCUCUCGAGCCCACCACCAUCAAGAAGGCACGCAUCGUACCGCCAUCUGCUACCACAGCUUCGCUUCUGAUUCCCCCCGCCCCCGAAAUCAUCGAUGGGCGCUGCGUCUGGCACUGGCAAGACAAGCACACCAUCGCUGAAGGCUGGAUCGUCAUCGACGCCCCUCAACCCACCGCAGCAGGUGGAGGGCUUUUCCUUCAUGAGCAGGCCUCUCUCACCGAGGUCCGAGACGUGGCCUGCGCCAUGAGCACCAAGCUGGCCGUCUCUUCCCAACCGCAGAUCGUGGGCGCAAAGGGCGGAAUUCGAUUCUCGCACCGUGACCCUGAGGCAACGCACGUAUUGGAGCGUUUCAUCCGGGACAAUGCCGCGGUGAUCUCAACGUACUGGGGCACAGGAGGUGAUCUGAACACGAGUCACUCGCUCAUCGACGAGUAUGCAAAGAAGUACUGCACACAGGGAACGGAGACGGCACUUGAUGCGCUGAGCCGCGCUUUGCAGUGCCCAACGUCAGCGAAAGAUGUGCCCCGCCUGCUGCAGGAGAGUGUCCCGACCCCUGCGGGUGUGGAGGGCGUAGAGUGGUCGCUCGAAGAGUACUCAGUCGGCUACGUCAUGGCCGUGACGCUCAAGCGCAUGCUCGAGAAGACGGACCCGGCUCUCAUUGGACGUGCUCGUCUUGUGGUGCAAGGCUUCGGCUGCGUUGGCGCUACAUUCGCUCAAGCGGCUCAAGAGCUAGGACUUGGGAGGAUCGUGGGCAUCUCGAGCCAAUACGGCUUCCUAUGCGAUAACUCUGGCAUCGAUGUCGCGGCAAUCAACAAGGCGCGCCGCUCCUCGCCUGAUACGACCGUGGACCCCAACAGCCUCGAGGCUGGUCUGACCGCCCAGCAGCGUGCUCUGCCGACCUACACGCGCCGCAAGACGGCUAGCACCGAUGAGGAUCACCUCGUCUCUUUCCUCACUUCUGCACGUGCGGACGUCUUUGUGCCGUGCGCUUGCCGCUACAUCUUGACGCCCAAGGUCACGGCCGCUUUGGUCUCGCACACUUUCUCCGACCUCUGCGCCAACGCACAGCGCUACGUUGUAGCGGGCGCCAACAACGUCUUCCCCGCCACGGCGCAGCGAUCUGCCUGCCUUGCCAAGCUGGACGAGGCUGGGAUUACUAUGAUGCCCGAGUGGGUCAGCAACUCCGGCACGGCCAAUCUUUUCAUGAGAACGUGCAGUGGACUUGCCCUCCAAGGCAGGCCGCUAGGCAACUUGGCCGCCUGCGCAAGGGACACCACCAGCUUCAUUGACGCCGUCUUCUCACGGGUAGGUGGCUCGAGCUCUACCAGCACCGCCCUGUGGCACGCUUGCGACGAGGUAGCCUCAGCGAGGCGUCAAGCCGGAGCAAUCAAUCUGCUGGGAGUGGAGCGCAUCUCCCACUUGACGCUUAUAUCGCCGGACGCCAAGCGAUCCAAGGAGACCUUCCUGCGCGUGGGCAACGUCAGCGAGGUAGUCAGCGUCGAGGGAGGUGCCGACCUCUUUCGCCUGCCAGGCAUCGACGACCCAACCCUCUCUAUCGAGCAGGCCCCUGCUGACGCCGGUCCAGCGGAUACGGGACUGCACGUCCGCUUUGCUGUUGCCAACCUGGAAAAGGCGCGCCGCGUUUUGGCAAAGCAGAACGUCGCCUUCACGGAGCGUCCAAUCACUCAGAAGGGCCAAGAGGGGGAUUUUGAGCUCGAAUUGACGGGCGAGCAAGCCGGUUACCCCAUGAGCUUCUGCCAGUCAGCUGAGCCCUCCGCGUCUAGCAGCGCGUCCCUCUCCUCCCCCUCAGCCGCAGGCCCCACGACACUCUCGAACGGCUUGGAGCUCAUCUCGCACGCCCUUGUCUCUGAAGUCAAGCAGCUCGAUCAUUACACCCUCAUCGUGCCCGAUGCCAGCGCAGUUCGCGAGUUCCACGAGCGCAUGCUAGGCUACACGCACCUGCGAACCAUCACCUUGAAUGCGGGCGCAGCCCCGGAAGGAGAGGAGGACAUGCUCAAUCAUGUAAUGGCCCUUCCCUUCGACACGCAGCGUGUCCUCGUUAUCACUGAAGGUCUCAUCCCCGAGUCUAUCUUCAGCAAGCUCCUCCAGAAGAAGCGUCGCCCGUACGUGCACCACAUUGCUCUGCAAGUUGGCGAUGUUGAGGCCGCCUUUGCCGGUGUCAGGGGCGCAGGAUGGCAGACGACGAGCGACAAGAUCAGUAAGGACAUGCUGAGUGGGCUGAGGCAAUUCUUCUUGCGCGAGGAAGAGGCAGGGUGCUUCUUGGAGCUGAUUGAAAGGAGCGAUGGGCCUGCGGAGAAGCAGGAGGAGGAAGCUGAGGCGCCUGUGGCCGUCGAGGCUGUCGAGCAAGCGAAGGCUGCGGUCGCGAAGACGCAGAACGAUGAGUCGAGCAAUGCGAAGGGGCAGGGUGAAUUCAGGCGCGGCAAUAUGGCCAGCUUGGCCCAGUCCAUGGAGAGCUACGUCAAGGGGUAGGGUCUUGGCUGAUCGGUGCCGCUGCUGGUCAGCUUAUCUCGUUCUCCUUCCACCUCGCUCGUUUUCGUCACUGUCUCAUCCCCUCUGAUCUUACCGAGUAUCUCGAAGACGCGAUAAUGCAUUUUGGUACCCUCGAAUUCGCGCCUGCUAGCGAGGAACUGUCGCACUCUUCCAGUGG